AUGAAAGAUGUGUCCCUUGCAACUGGUUCUCAGUGCUUAUUACAGGAAAAACAGUUAAAACGAGAAGGAAAACUGUCACCUUCCAAUAGCGUAUUAAGUAACCAAAUGCGGAGCCAACGGGUCGGAAAACGGCCCUGCCCACCGGCCUUCCAGCACGGCCGGCCAAUGGGAUCACUGAUUGAGUUCGUUGGGGACAAACAAAGUGUUCAGGGCGUAAAACAGCUAGGUUAUCAUCAGCUACAAAUCCAAACCCUACAGAGCGCACAAGAGACGCAAACAGACUCGAGGGUCGUCCAAGUCCUACAUAUCAGUGUAAUCGUCAGCUGCUUUCCUCUUUGUGUCCCUGUUGCCUCAGAUGUCUUCUCUAUGUCUCUUCUUGACUAUCAUCUUUACUGGACCACCAUCAGGGAAGGCUUUAAGCCCGCUUCGCUGAAGUCCUUCUUGCUAACACCGACUCUCUCUACACCAGAGGACCAUCAUUCAGGAUCUCUCUAA